ACUGAAUGGUUCCGGUUGUCGUCGCCGCCAUUUGCCGUCGAUUUAUAACGGUUGCUCUUUAAAUGAUCGUCGCUUGGGCUGUGGUCAUUCCCGCGAGUUUUUGGUGUUAAUUGAAAUUGAGUUUUUGUGUGAAACAUAUUUAUAUUUAUAUAUUUGUUGUGUGUUGGUGGAGAUUUAUUAUAUCAAAAAUAAUGAAUUAUAUAGAAUGAAUAAUAUACAUCUAUAUAGUACAACAGCCAGAGGAUUAUAAACUAUUUAAAUGGGAAUAUAUCACAAAACUUGGAUUACCUAAGAGAGCAUGGAACUGCCUUGGAUAGUAUUGAUUAUAGUGUCUUUAUAUAGCCUAAAUGCCAUGCUGGCCUUUGGUUUUCUCACCAACGAAGAACGAAAAUGCAAAUAUGCCAGAAUCGAGAAACUUUUACGGAUACGUUGCUAUGACAUGGACCUUAAGGAGGUGCCACAGAACCUUAAAACUUCAGUGGAGGUUCUAGAUUUAUCUUACAAUCGCAUUAGGAAAUUGAAAAGUGGUUCGUUUUCUAAGUACACAGAUGUUAAAUUUCUAAUGCUCUAUGAGAAUAUGAUCUUAUCGGUAGAGCCGGGCACAUUUGCCCCAUUAACUUCGUUGCAGGAAGUUGAUCUAUCGAAUAAUGGUUUAACUACAAUUCCCAUGGAACUUUUUCAACUGCCACGACUGAGAAAUCUCUAUAUAGAUAGUAAUGAGUUAAGAUCUCUGGAUUUGGAACUAUUAGAGAAGCCGAUACAAGCGCCAUUGGAAUAUUUGAAUGUGGCCAAUUGUGAAUUGCAAGAUAUACCCGAUUUGGGCAUAUUGCCAAAACUCUGGCAAUUGAAUGCCUCAAUGAAUCCGUUGCAUAACUUCAACAUUGAUAGAUUGGCAAACUUUUGCCAUUUGAGUGUCAUCGAUUUGACAAGGACCCAGUUGAGUUCGUGCAGUUGCCAGCAGGUCGGCAAUCAUUUAGUUAUGAUGCAGGCCCACCAAAAGUUCGUUCCCAUUUGCAUGGAGAAACUCGACAGUAGUGUGUGUCCACUGCCCUACAAUCGUACCAUAGACUCGGAGACAUUCCACAGUUGCCAGACAAGUGUGGAGCUGGCCGAGGCGCGUAGCCUGUGGCUCUUUGGGGCUGGCUGUUUCGGUGGUGUCAUCUUUGUGCUGUUAGUGGUCUGGUACUGUGUCCACAGGUGGCGCAAGAAACGGGCCAAACGACGUCGUCUUAGCCAAGUACAGGAUCGCAAGAAAUUUGUAAUUUCCCCACGCAAUGCCAUCAAUCGUACAAAAACGGAUGAUGAGCCGCUGCACUGUGAUAUUGCCAGACCUUAGCACACUUAAUCACUUAGUUUAGUUUUAUUUUUAUUUUAGGGGCCAGCUAGUUAUUUAUUAUGCUUUUUGCUAGGGAAAACCGACUACCUACCAACCAAACGAAUUGCCAUAGAAGAGUACCAAAAAAAAAAAAACUAAACUAAACAAAAACCAUGACCAGCUCAAAUAGUUAAGAAUUUCGAUAAUUUUGUAGAUAAUUAAAGUUGUAAGAAAUGCAUUUUGGAGCUUAUUGCAUAGGUGCCUUUAGUUUAAGUAAAAACCCUCCAUUAAAACAAAUCAUCAAUCAAAAAAACUGUCAAUAAACAUUUUAAAAAAUA